UGUAAAUUUGGUCAGGCCUCCAAAAACGUACAUAUACAUUAAACUUAGACAUCUUUACUAACUUUGGCUGUAGGUGGUGUCUUAUUGGUUAUUUGACUUGUUUAUGUGGCCGUGUAUGGAAUUUGUCUUUCUGGGCCGGGCGUCAGUUAAUCUGCAGUACCGAAGCAAAACUGUAGGAGCAGUCAAAACCGUGCUUUUAGACCGGAACCCUGGCCACUUGGGGUGAAAAGGUACAUUUACCUGUUGGAAGUGUUGAACAUAUAAAUUGCAUUUCGGGUUAUAUUGGAGGGAAACGUUCUAAAACGGCGCCGCCAUGGAGAGCGGUGGCAUGGGAAACGCGUGCGACUACAGCCACAACGUCACCUUCUUCUACGAUUACGUAGGUAAGGAGAUCAGCAGAGACUGGAGUGUCAGGGACUGUGUGGUAGUGGUCCUGGGCCUGACCAUCUGCCUCAUUAUGAUCCUGUCCAACAUAUUGGUGAUGGCGGCCAUCUUGAUCAACCGACGCUUCCACUUCCCCAUCUACUUCCUGCUAGCCAACAUGGCCGCUGCGGACCUGUUCGCCGGCUUGGCCUACACCAACCUCGUGCUCAACACAGGACCCUGGACCAUCAGGCUGUCCAAGCAGCAAUGGUUCAUUAGGAAUGCUCUGGUGGACAUGAGCCUGACGGCGUCUGUGGCCAACCUGCUGGCGGUGGCGGUGGAGCGUCACCAGACCAUAAUUACCAUGCAGCUGCACAGCAAGAUGACCAACCGGCGUGUGGUGCUGCUGAUCGUGUGUAUCUGGGCAGUGUCUAUCAUCAUGGGGCUGGUCCCUUCCAUGGGGUGGAACUGUGAGUGCCAGCUUAGCGACUGCUCAAUCAUCGCCCCGCUCUACAGCCGCAGGUAUAUGAUCUUCUGGGCGUCUCUCAACCUGCUCACCUUUUUUGUCAUGGUGGCUGUGUACGCGCGCAUCUAUGUCUACGUGAGACGUAAGGCUAAACGGAUGUCUCAGCACAGCUCCCACCAUCUGAGGCACAACGAGACUGUCUUUAACCUCAUGAAGACUAUCUCUAUUGUACUGGGUGUGUUUGUCAUCUGUUGGACGCCGGGCCUGAUGACUCUGUUGCUAGAUGGGAUCAUGGGUAAAGACAGCCAUGCCUUGACCUAUGAGAAGUACUGUCUGAUCCUGGCUGAGUGUAACUCCCUGGUUAACCCUAUUAUCUACUCCUUCCGGGACGAGGAGAUGAGAAGGACCUUUAAGUGUAUCCUGUGCUGCCUGUGUAGGAGGAGCUCUGACCAUCAGGGGGAGCAGUCCCCUGUGGAGUUCACCACACUGCAACCAGAGGUAGAAAAUGGUUGUGAAGUAAAAUCAGAGGAGAAAGCCAACUUUACUGCCCUCCAGCUGAUAAAGACAGAGUGGUGACAAGCCUCUUCACCCUGACAGCUGGAUUCAAAUCAUAUUGACACCAUGGACAUUAAGAUCUACAGCCACUCAUGAAUGUAGACCUCUAUUCAAAUCUGUCACUGAAGCGUUACAAAUUGCGCCAUAGAAAUGUAAAGGCGAUUUCCGAUUGACAUAUGCAGCGUUUACUGUGAAUGCGUCUCUGCUAAUGCGGGAACAUUGCGUUUAAAUUUAAAUCACUGUUACGCAGAACUUCCGUGACACAGAUUGAAUAAAGCCGUUAGUGGGGUUGAAACAGGACGACAAUGUACAAGCACUGGACAAUAUUGUUUAUGACGCCAUACGGUCAUGUGUACAUUUUGGGAUGCUUGUUUGUACGUGUACAGUAUGUUUUGUUUAUCUAGAUGCGUUACACUAAUACUGGGAAAUUCAGAAACUUCCAAACUGUCUAGGGAAAGACUACCUCUAUGUGCCACAGUUAAAUUAUGUGAUACAUUAUAAAACGAGCCAUGAGAUGCUUUAAAAAUACCAGCAGGGGAUAUAGGGAAGCCUGGAAUUUAAGCUGACUAUCACCCUGUCACUAUUUACUGGAAAUGAAACUAUAGUGAACCUGCGUGACAUUCGAUCAUGCAUGCACAUUUUGCGUACGGGUGGUCCUAUGAAUCGAACCCACAACCCUGGCAUUGCAAGCGCCAUGCUCUACGUUUACCAACUUAGCUACAGAGGCGGGUUUCACUUAUGAAAAACUGAGUUUAAAUGUAUUUGGCUAAGGUGUAUGUAAACUUCUGACUUCAACUAUAUGUAAAACACCAUCAAAUGGUGUCGUUAUUUGAUUUGUUUAAAUGUCACAAGAGCGAGCAUAGAUGUAAUGACUAAUCAUAAAAAUAAAAACCAACCCCAAAUAAUGAAAAGCACAAUUAUUUUAUUCAUUUUUUUCUUCUAAUAAGGAACACUACAACUUGUCAUUCUUUUUACUCGUUCUAGAACAAUUCUAAAGUUGAGGUAUAAAAUGAGUUCGUACAGACUCACAGGUCUUGAAACAGUGGGGUUUUAUAUACAAGAGACAGAGGUAGAGACGAGAGGGGGUAUUUAAAAUACAGGGGGACGAAGAAGAGGGAGUAAUAUACAAAGAUACUAACAAAAAAGUGACACAUUAAAAGGGUUUAAUGUAUAGUUUGAUUUGGUGCUGUGGAAUUGUACGGUCGCAGAUAGAAUAUUCUGUGGUAGAAUCCUACAGUAGGUGACUCAGUAUUGGCUCAACCUGUAUAGGAGUAGCUACAUUUUUACGUUUAACUGUAUCGUUACUAUAAAAUACUGGGCGAACACAAAAUAUUUUAAAAAUGGGGUCAAUCCAGACAAAAUGGCCGAAGUUAAAUGGAUAAGGGAAAUCCAGGGAUUUCUAAAAAUGUGAGACGUUUUUUCCCCCCCAGUUGAGGUAAGGGCUGAUUAAAUGCAUUCACGGUAUAUGCUAGCAAGAUGGCCAACAAUGGCUCUGGCAUUAAUUCAGCGGUUAUUGCUAAAAUGCGGUUUCACAAAAGUGCCAAUUGGAAUUCAUACAGCACCAAACAAAACUACAAUACCCAUAACCCCCACACUGCAACCCCAAUUAACAAAAAUACCAAAUUAAAAUACGCAAAUAAUCAUAAAAAAACGAACAAAUUAACUUGACCCCAACCUCAGGAGAACAUUAAAAGACCAAACAAUCAGGCAACUCACCCAAAAAUAAAGCAGAGGGUUUAUAAAAAGAGAGACGAACAUUCCACAAUCUGUACAGUGACAUCCAUUUACGACGGGUAGAAAAAGACAAGACUAAUUUGGUGUAGUAGUGGUAGCAUUAUUUGUAAGAUAUAAGCCAUAUGAAAUGUUUAUAAUAACAGUAAACAAGGACACUAAUUUGGGUAAUACAAUAUAAGAGUUCUCUGUAACGAUGUCUGUAUAUCUGUUUAAUAUAUAGUUUGUCCUUUAUCAAAAUGCCCGGUACUCUUAACAGUUGAUGUAUGAUUGUAAAUAAACAUUUUAAGCUGAAUAAAAAUAAAAGGAAAUGAAAUCAGAGAAA